AUGUCUUCCGAAGGGGCGCCUCCUCACCCCCGAAUCUCCGCAACUCCACAAGGCUUCAACACCUCCAUGUUCGACGACCCUCCCGUACUGUCACCGAGCAAACUCCGUUCACGAACACGAUCCCGAUCGGCCGAGCCAGCGUCGCGAACAGCCCGUCUGACGAACCUCGUCAAUGCCCCGUUUCUGCCGCAGCAGCAGCCACCACCAUCACCACCCGACACAGCCACCAACGAACAGAACGGUAACGGCGUAAUAUACCGGAGAGAUCUUCCGCCGCCUCCUCCUCCUACUCGAGCCCCUCCCGCCGUCCCUACUACUACCGGCGCCGCAGAACAGAAGAUACUCCCCAGGCUUGCUGAUAGAGUCAUGGAUGUGAAGCGGGGUUCAUUCGGCGCUAGACCUCUGCCGCCAGCAGUUCAGCGGUUCUACUCCUCGGAAACUCCAGUUCCGUCGACGAUGUCGGGCUUGCUACAGCAACAUCAGCAUCGAGACGUCGAUGGUUUCCGCGCCACCCCACCCAUCGCCGGUAUGCCUCCAUCGCCGCCCCUGACGCGCAGGUCAACAACAUCCCCGCGCUCGCCCGCCAUCGGAAGGAGCAUUUCCUUACACAAACCGAUGUCGCCACCACCGCCAUCGGUUCAAGAACAGACGUCGGAAGCGGGUACCACAAUACACCAUCUACCGCGGGCCGCAUCGACAGCCGGCUCCAACGUCUCCUUCAAGGAUAUCGUGCGAACGGGGAAGAAUCUCGGACAGAACCCCAUCGACUACCUCAUCCCAAAUGGCUCCCUCCCCGCACCUGUUUCCCCAUACUUUCACCCUGUGCAUGAUCCCUGCUCGCUAGACGUUCCGCCAAGCAUGCGUGGCGACCACCCCGACGCUAAUCCGGUAGCGGGCAUUUUCGGCAACCUCAACUAUCUGCUGGAUUCGUAUCUAACGAUUCUCGCGUCGGGAGGAUCGUUGGCCGUAGGCACGGGGUAUCAAUCCGUGGCGAGGAAGUUGCUGGAUCGGGUGGAGACCCUGUUCGCGAGGGAUCUCGAUGUGGAUGGAAUUGGCUGGGCGGAUGUGUUGGAGUUUUUGCGCGGGAGCAGACAGAAGCCAUUCUUGUGUGUGCUGCCUGUCCGCGGGAUUCUCGCGCGGAGGGACGAGGAGUCGGUUGUCGGCGGCGGCGGUCUAGAUGUACCAUGCACCACCCGUGAACUGGCGGAAUCCGUCGUAGCUGGCGUCAAGACCAAACCGGCCAUGAGCAAGGUGGAGCAGUGGCUUGAAGAGGUGGAGCAGGUGUUGAAAGCAUCUGGUGACGACAGCUGUGGCGGGAAGAGUCUCACUAAAGAAGACGAAGACGAGGAGGACCACAUGGUAUGCGAGAUUAUCGAGGGAAUCCUCAAAAACAACACCGAGGAGAACCAAAUCAAGAACUUCCAUCGCUUCCUCGACGACCGCGUUUUGAUCGCGGAUAUGCAGCGCGCGCUGAUCAGACUCUACGACGACCACCCCGCCGACUCCAUCACGCCUCCGAUCGUGGCGCUCUACAUGCUCCUGCACCCCGAGCUGCACCCCAUCCUCCGCGCCCUCUCCAACGUCGCCGAGUCCGAGCUCGAACUCAUCAACUCCGGCAAGUUCGACAGUUUCCUCGACGGCGCAACCAAUGUUGUCGCGCGCGACGAGGAGGAAGAACUCCACCUCAUCACCCGACUUGACAAGCGCCUCUUCAACGUCCUCGAGGGUCUCGAAGACGAGAUCGAAGAGCUGCACACGCGCUCGCUCGUCGUGCGGCGCGCGCUCAAGUCGCGCAAGGAGCAGAUCGUGCGCAAGCAGCCGUCGAUGGCGUCGAUCAUCAGCCGGUCGGCGUCGCCCGUCGGCUCGCGCCGGCGCUCCAGCGCGCAGGGGAAACCCGCCGCCGCUGCCGACGACGACCUGCAGAGCGUGGAGGAGAAGCGCCGGCUCGACGAGGAGGAGUGGUCGCCCAACGUGCCGACGCUGCACGUGCCCAUCACCCCCGACGACAGCGCGAGCAACAUCACGUUCAACCGUCGCCGGAGACAGGAGCGCACCGAGAAGAUCAACCGCAACGAUGACGAGCGCCGUAGGGAGAAGGAGCGGAAGCGCGAGAAGAAGGCGAAGAAGGAGGAUGAUAAGGCGCCGGGACUCACCCCCCGCUUCUCGCUAAAGGAGUUUGCGAUUAAGUCGGGCGAGUUCGGACCUGCGACUGUCGUCGACGAGGAGAAGAGUGAGGGCGAGACGUUGCUCAGUAAUAAGCGCAAGAAGCGGAAGGGAGAGCGCGGGGAGCGCGGAGAACGUGGAGAGCGCAGGGAGCGCAGCAGAAACCGCUGCGGCGAGUGUGGUAGCUGCGUCGGCGAGGGGGAGGAGGGCGAGAAGAGGAAACAUCGCGAGCAUCGCGAGCAUAGGGAUAGGGGGGAUAAGGAUCGGGACGGCGAGAAGGAGGGGAAGGACGGGAAAGAGGGGAAGAAGCGACACAGCAAGGAGAAGAAGGAGGAGCGCGCGGCCGAGAAGGAGAAGGAGAAGGAGAAGGAGAAGGAGAAGGAGAAGGAGAAGGAGAAGGACGAGGCCAAGGAUGCAGAGAACGGCAAGGACAAGGAGAAGAAGGGAGAGACCGAUAGCCUCAAAUCCCGUGGUGGAGGUGGAGGCGGAAGCGCGGCGGGCGCGGCGGGAGGAGCAGCGGGCGCGGGUGCCAUCGAGGAAAUUAUUGAGCCUAGCGAGGAGGAGGAGGCGCAGUUGCUCCAGCAGCAGCAACAACAACAGCAGCAGGAGGAGGCAGACGAGGAGGAGCGAAUCAACCAGUCCACACUGGGCGUCGACGACGACAUCAACCAUCCGUAUCAUAAUCUUCGAGUCUCUAUCCUUCUGGGAGAUCUCAUCUCCAUCCUCGCCGCCGCCGCCGCCGGCAGCGUUGGGUGCUUUCUCAUCAGGGUUAUCACCCUCCACCUCCACCUCCAUCUCCUCGCCCCGGGCGGCCGCAGCGGCGGGUCCAGCUUCAGCCUCCGGGUAAUUGGCGGCUUCGUCCGCAACCGCGAAACGAAAACGGACAGCAAGUCCGUCCGCGAAUCCGGAGUCUUCAGUCGUGGAAGCCAGAGUCGUUGA